AAGGCAGAUUCAUCACCUCUGAGCCACCAGGGACGCCCCUACUUUUAGUUUUCUGAGCAACCGCCAUACUAUUUUUCGUAGUGGCUGCACCAGUUUACAUUCUCCACAACAGCAUGCAAGGGUCUCUCUUUCUUCGCAUUUUCACUGAUACUUGCUAUCUAUAGACAUUUUGAUGGUAGCUAUUCAGUGAGGUGGUAUCUUACUGUGGUUUUGAUUUCUAUUUUGAAUGAUUAGGAGUGUUGAGCAUCUUUUCAUGUGCCUCUUGAACAUCUCUGUGUCUUUUUUGCAAAAAUGUCUAUUACUGUCUUCUGCCCAUUAAUCAGAUUUUUUUUAUAUUGGAUGACCUGUUUUUAUUAACCUCUUAUUGGUCAUAUCGUUUGCAAAUAUUGUCUCCCAUUCAGUAGGUUGUGAAACUAGUCUUCUUGCUUGAAAAUCCUGUAAUAACAUCACUUGGGUCAGUUUUCAUUCUCCUCAAGAACCACUCAGCUGAGUGCUGUCUUACCCAAUUUUUACCAAUAGAUCCAUCACUAGGAUCUUAUAUACUGGCAAAGAAAGCAUAAACUUCAACUGAAGAAGAAAUAAUUUAUACAUCAAAACAAUUGCAAGGUUUUGAUAAUACAUAUGGGCAAAAGCCUGGGGAAUAUGUGGGAAAGUGGAUUCUAAGAAUGUGAGAUGAAGGAAAAACACUUGACUACCUUGGGCCAUAUUUACUGAUAUGGCUGCACUUAUAUAUUCUGGACAUGGCUCUGUACUUGAUUGGUUAACUAAGAACACUCAGUGGUGGCCUACAUUUAAUGAAGUUGAGAUACCAAAGCUUCCCUGGCAUUGUGCAGAGGGAAUCCAAAAACAGGGAGACAGGAGUGUCGAAGUAGAUAUGUCUUGUAUGAUUUGCACACCACCCCUCACCUUCCCCAGCUACAUUCCUUGAGAGGGCCAGCUUAAAAUAAACAUUUCAUAUAUCUCACAGUCCUAAGGGUCAGGAGUGGUGUAGCCCUGGCCCAGGGUCUCUCACAAGGCUUUAGUCAGGAUGUUGGCUCAUCCAACACUGAGUCAGGUUGUUAUCUCAGGCUGAAGGAUCCGUUUCCAGGAUGGCUCACUCUCAUGGUGCUUGGGCGGGGGGACUCAGUUUCUCGCCACAUGAGCCUCUCCAUGGCAGUUUGUGUGUCUUCACAUCGUGGUAGCUGGCUUCCUCCAGAGCAAGUGACCCAAGGGAGAAAGAGUGAGGCAGAAAGGCCAUGACGUCGUGCUGAGCCUCGGAAGUGAAGCUGUAUUCUGUUGAUCAUGUAAACCAACCAUGAGGCCUGUUGGAGGGGACUGCACAAGGGCAAGCAUACCAGAGGCGGGAACCCCCGGGCUCCACCUUGAAAGCUGGCCUUCACAGCAACUUGACUUCCACCAACUAACCCCCAUUUUCCUUCUCUGUAGUCACUCCUGCUCGUUAGGCUUCUGAGGCCCAGGCUCAUGGAGCCAGUUUCAGGAUGGCUUAAUAGAAAUUUGGUUUAUGAAUCUUGGAAAUAUAGUGAAAUGAUGAGCCAAGAACUAUGUGAAGAACUUCAGUCAAGAGAAAUAAAUUAAUACAAUGCAUUCUUUCCCAACAUUGAAGAUUAUAGUGGGACAAUGGAUCUGUUUGGAGACAUAGAUGACAUUUCUUCAGACAGUGAUGGGGAUAAUCAACCACCCAUUCAAAAACAGCCUGUUAAAGAUGGAUGUGGAGUGCCUCAGAACCAGCAGGAGGAAGAGCCAAUUUCUGAAACCAAAAUAGAAGUAGAAAUUCCUAACAUCAACUCUGAUUUAGGAAAUGAAUUAUACUUUGUUAAACUACCCAAAUUUCUCAGCAUAGAAUCCAAGCCUUUUGAUCCUCAGUAUUAUGAAGAUGAAUUUGAAAACAAGAAAAUGCUUGAUGAAGAGAGAACCAGGUUAAAAUUAAAGAUAGAAAAUACUAUACGAUGGAGGAUACGCCGGAAUAAAGACGGAAUUAAAAUUAAAGAAAGCAAUGCUCGGAUAGUCAAGUGGUCGGAUGGAAGGUGAGCACAGACCUGAGGAGUAUGGCAACACCCAGAGGGAGGCCUGGGAUGAAUGAAGUUUUCUGUGUAGGACCAUAUUUGGGGAUCUUUUUUCAUUACGGAAUUAACA